GGACGCCAACGGGAUGAAUUCCGGCAAUAUGUUGAAGACGCCGAUAAAUAUGAGCGAUUUGCUCCACGGCGGAACCGAGUUCCAGAUCGACACCGACUUCAAGUACGAUGAAGGCGACGACAACUUCAUCGAGGAUGACUAUGGCAGCGCGGACGAGGAUGAGGAAAAGCACAAACAAUUGUUCUCUCCCUGGGAUCGAACGUUUGACGAGCUUCGGCAGAAGAUGGAACCAAUUAGCGAACACAUCUACAAACGCAUCACAAAGGCGGGAGUCGGUGAGGAACUGCCGGAUAAUACGCAAGUAAAAGUCGACUACAAUGUAUUUUUUGAGAUGGAUGUAAAACCGGCCGAUUCCUCAACGCUGCGUGGCAAACCGUUCCGGUUCGUGCUGGGAGCGCACAACGUACUGCUCGGCUUUGAACAAGCGGUGAAGACGAUGCGCGUCAGCGAAGAAGCGCAGUUUGUGAUCUCCUACCAGCUACUGUACGGUGUGGUCGGAUGUCCACCACGCAUUAAACCGAAGGCGGAUGCGCUGUUUGUGAUUCGGCUAAUCAGUGCCAGUCCGGUGAACGAUGGGGAUGCGCUGGCACAGCUAAACGAAACCGAGCGUCGUUCGUACUCGGCGGUAAAGGAGAAGGUGGCACAGGCCCGCCAGUACGCGAAGGAUUGCUUUAAGCGUAAUUUAGUACAGAAAGCGAUCGCAAAGUACCUAGAAGCAGUCGAUACGCUCCAGAUGUGCCAGCUAAAGGACGAAACCGAACAGGAGGAACAGCAGAAAACGUUGAUCGCACUAUACACCAGUCUCGCCGUGUGUUACAAUCAUCGCGACCAGCCGAAAGAUGCCUGCCGGAUGGUAAACAUGUUGCGCACGCUGUGCAACGUUAAACAGAACGCCAAGAUCAUGUACCAGGAGGGUAAGGCGUUGAUGAAAAUCGGAGAUUACGACCGGGCCCGUAAAUGUUUGCUGGGCGCCCAGAAGCUAGAGCCCCAGGAUGAAAACAUUCAGCGCACGCUGAAGGAGUUGAACGAAUGUUCGGCCCGGCAUCAGCAGGAGGAAAAGCGUAUCUGGACGCGAGCGUUCGGUUUGGUGGACGCAACCAAAAAGGAUGAUAAAACGAAGGAAGCGGAUAAUGUGCUUGCGGAGGAUAUAAAGAGGUCGAUGAAGGUGUUUCUGGAGGAUGAAACGUGUAGUACGCUCACGCUGCCGGACAGGUUCACCGAGAAGGAGGUGCAGGUGAUUGAAAAGUUGGCCGACGAGUUCAACCUGAAGCUGGUCAUUCACAUGCACAACAACAAAAAGCAUUACAAAUUUCAAAAAUAACACCGUGAGACGGAAGGAAUA